UUCCCCCACAGCCCCCGCCCGCCGGGUUGGCCUCGGAGAGUUUGUCCGGUGGCCGUGGUAGACGGAGGUGCAGUGAGAACCCCGGCGGCAGCACGAUGGGCGACUCCAAAGUGAAAGUGGCGGUACGAGUCCGGCCAAUGAACCGACGAGAAAUUGACUUACAUACCAAAUGUGUGGUGGAUGUUGAAGCAAACAAAGUUAUUCUGAAUCCUGUAAAUACAAAUCUUUCCAAAGGAGAUGCCCGGGGCCAGCCGAAGAUAUUUGCUUAUGAUCACUGUUUCUGGUCCAUGGAUGAAUCUGUCCGAGAGAAGUAUGCAGGUCAAGAUGAUGUUUUCAAGUGCCUUGGGGAGAACAUUCUUCAGAAUGCAUUUGAUGGCUACAACGCCUGUAUCUUUGCUUAUGGGCAGACAGGGUCUGGGAAGUCUUACACCAUGAUGGGCACUGCCGACCAACCUGGGUUAAUUCCAAGGCUCUGCAGUGGACUCUUUGAACGAACCCAGAAAGAGGAAAAUGAAGAACAGAGUUUUAAAGUUGAAGUGUCCUACAUGGAAAUUUAUAAUGAAAAAGUUCGAGACCUUCUUGACCCUAAAGGAAGCCGUCAAACAUUGAAAGUGAGAGAGCACAGCGUGUUGGGACCCUAUGUGGAUGGACUUUCUAAACUGGCUGUCACGAGCUACAAGGAUAUUGAGUCUCUGAUGUCUGAGGGCAACAAGUCUCGGACAGUUGCUGCAACCAACAUGAAUGAGGAAAGUAGCCGUUCCCAUGCAGUCUUCAAAAUCACCCUGACACAUACUCUGUAUGAUGUGAAGUCUGGGACAUCUGGAGAGAAAGUGGGCAAGCUGAGCCUAGUGGAUUUAGCUGGCAGUGAGCGAGCCACGAAAACUGGAGCUGCCGGCGACAGGCUGAAGGAGGGCAGCAACAUCAACAAGUCCCUCACAACCCUGGGUCUGGUUAUCUCUGCCCUAGCCGAUCAGGGUGCUGGCAAAAACAAAAAUAAAUUUGUUCCCUAUCGGGACUCAGUUCUCACAUGGCUACUCAAGGACAGUCUGGGAGGUAAUAGCAAGACCGCCAUGGUGGCCACUGUGAGCCCAGCUGCUGAUAACUACGAUGAAACCCUCUCAACCCUGAGGUAUGCAGACCGAGCAAAACACAUUGUUAACCAUGCUGUGGUGAAUGAGGAUCCUAAUGCUCGAAUUAUCCGAGAUCUCCGGGAAGAGGUGGAGAAGCUCCGGGAGCAGCUGACCAAGGCAGAGGCAAUGAAAUCUCCAGAGCUGAAAGAUCGUCUAGAAGAAUCUGAGAAACUCAUCCAGGAAAUGACUGUGACCUGGGAGGAGAAACUAAGGAAAACUGAGGAGAUCGCGCAGGAGCGGCAGAAGCAGCUUGAGAGCCUUGGCAUAUCUCUUCAGACUUCUGGAAUCAAAGUUGGGGAUGACAAGUGCUUCCUGGUUAACUUGAAUGCUGACCCAGCUUUGAAUGAACUCCUGGUGUACUACUUAAAGGAGCACACGCUGAUAGGAUCAGCCAAUUCUCAGGACAUCCAGCUCUGCGGGAUGGGCAUUCUCCCUGAGCACGGUAUCAUAGACAUCAUGCCCGAAGGCCAGGUCAUGCUGACUCCUCAGAAGAAUACCAGAACAUUUGUCAACGGGUCUUCUGUCUCCAGCCCCAUCCAGCUGCACCAUGGGGACAGGAUACUGUGGGGAAACAACCAUUUCUUCAGACUCAAUCUGCCAAAAAAGAAAAAGAAAGUGGAGCGAGAGGAUGAGGAGCGUGAGGCAUCCCUGAAAAACGAGAGCAGCUCUGAGCAGCUGGAUGCUGACGGUGACUCCUCCAGUGAGGUGUCCAGUGAGAUCAACUUCAACUUCGAGUAUGCACAGAUGGAGGUGACAAUGAAGGCUCUAGGCAGCAAUGACCCAAUGCAGUCCAUACUGAGCAGCCUGGAACAGCAGCAUGAGGAGGAGAAGCGGUCUGCUCUGGAGCGCCAGAGGCUCAUGUACGAACACGAACUGGAACAGCUCCGAAGAAGGCUGUCUCCUGAGAGGCAGAACUGCCGCGGUGUGGACCGGCUCUCCUUCCACUCACCCAGUGCCCAGCAGCGCUUGAAACAGUGGGCCGAGGAGAGAGAAGCUACAUUGAAUAACAGCUUGAUGAGGCUGAGGGAGCAGAUUGUAAAGGCCAACCUGCUGGUACGAGAAGCUAGUUACAUCGCAGAAGAGUUGGAUAAAAGAACCGAGUAUAAAGUUACCCUCCAGAUUCCAGCCUCCAGUCUGGAUGCCAAUAGGAAGCGAGGCUCUCUCCUCAGUGAACCUGCCAUCCAGGUGAGAAGAAAAGGGAAAGGAAAGCAGAUUUGGUCUUUGGAAAAGCUGGAAAACAGGCUUUUGGAUAUGAGAGACCUCUACCAGGAGUGGAAGGAGUGUGAAGAAGACAACCCGGUUACCCGAUCCUACUUCAAGCGUGCUGACCCAUUCUAUGAUGAGCAGGAAAAUCACAGUCUCAUCGGUGUGGCCAAUGUCUUCCUGGAGACCCUGUUUUAUGAUGUGAAGUUACAGUAUGCUGUGCCGAUCAUCAACCAGAAGGGAGAGGUGGCUGGCCGACUGCAUGUGGAGGUGAUGCGGCUCAGCGGGGCCAUUGGGGAGAGGAUCGCAGGAGGAGAUGAUUCUGCAGAGGCCAGCUCUGAAAAGGAAGCCCCAGAGAGCAGGCUCGUGUGCAUGGUUAAAAUACUGCAAGCCACGGGGUUGCCACAGCAUCUGUGCCACUUUGUCUUCUGCAAAUAUGACUUCUGGGAUCAGCAGGAGCCAGUGACUGUUGCCCCCGAGGUGGAUACGUCUUCGUCUCCCACCAGCAAGGAGCCACAGUGUAUGGUUGUGUUCGAUCAUUGCAGCGAGUUCAGUGUUAACAUCACAGAAGACUUCAUUGAAUAUCUCUCAGAAGGAGCCCUGGCCAUUGAAGUCUAUGGACAUAAAAUGAAUGAUCCCCGGAAAAACCCAGCCCUGUGGGAUUUGGGAAUCAUCCAAGCAAAAACAAGGAGUCUUCGGGACAGGUGGAGUGAAGUCACCAGAAAGUUGGAAUUCUGGGUUCAGAUCUUGGAACAGAAUGAGAAUGGUGAUUACUGUCCUGUAGAAGUAAUUGCUGCAAAAGAUGUCCCGACAGGAGGGAUCUUCCAGCUCCGACAGGGGCAGUCUCGUCGAGUUCAAGUUGAAGUGAAGUCUGUGCAAGAGUCAGGGACUUUACCGCUGAUGGAAGAGUGCAUAUUGUCAGUUGGCAUUGGGUGUGUGAAAGUUAGACCUCUCAGGUCCCCUAAGAUCCACGAGAACAUCUAUGAGGAAGAGGAGGACAUGGACAGCUACCAGGAUAGGGAUUUAGAGCGGCUUCGCAGAAAAUGGCUGAACGCAUUAACCAAACGUCAAGAAUACUUGGAUCAACAACUGCAGAAGCUCGCCAGUAAACAUGACAAGACUGAGGACGAUGCUGACCGCGAGGCUCAGCUCCUGGAGAUGCGGCUGACGCUCACAGAGGAAAGAAAUGCAGUGAUGGUGCCCUCGGCUGGGAGUGGCAUUCCAGGGGCACCAGCAGAAUGGACCCCAGUGCCUGGGAUGGAGACCCACAUUCCUGUUAUAUUUCUUGACCUAAAUGCUGAUGAUUUCAGCUCUCAGGAUAAUCUCGAUGACCCAGAAGCAGGAUGGGAUGCUACCCUGACUGGGGAAGAGGAGGAGGAGUUCUUUGAACUGCAGAUUGUGAAACAACAUGAUGGAGAGGCCAAGGCAGAGGCUUCCUGGGACUCUGCAGUGCACAGCUGUCCUCAGCUCAGUAAAGGCACACCUGCUGACGAGAGAGUGUUCCUCAUCUUGCGAGUGACGGUCCAGCUCAGCCAUCCUGCCGACAUGCAGCUGGUCCUACGCAAGAGGAUUUGUGUCCAUGUUCAUGGGCGCCAGGGCUUUGCACAAAGUCUCCUCAAAAAGAUGUCUCACCGGAGCUCUAUUCCUGGCUGUGGAGUGACCUUUGAAAUCGUCUCCAAUAUUCCAGAGGAUGCCCAGGGAGUAGAGGAGCGCGAGGCACUGGCAAGGAUGGCAGCUAACGUGGAAAACCCAGCUUCUGCUGACUCUGAGGCCUACAUUGAGAAGUACUUGAGGAGUGUGCUGGCCGUGGAAAACCUCCUGACUUUAGAUCGUUUGCGGCAGGAAGUGGCCGUGAAGGAGCAGCUGACCGGGAAAGGGAAGCUGAGCCGGAGGAGUAUCAGCUCUCCCAGCAUGAACAGAUUGUCAGGAAGUCGACAGGAGCUUAGCCCAUCCCACAGUCUCGGCAGCAACAAGGGCCGGUGGGAAAGUCAACAGGAUGUGUCCCAAACACUAGUUUCCAGAGGAAUAGCUCCAGGCUCUCCAGCUCUCACUGUUUCGCCCCAAAAUAACCAGUCUCCUGAUCCUGGACUGGGAGGCUUGGCAGCCUCUUACUUGAACCCAGUGAAGUCCCUGGUGCCACAGAUGCCAAAGCUGCUGAAGUCUCUCUUCCCUGUUCGGGAUGACAGAAGGGGCAGACACUCAUCUCCCCUUGCACACCAGCCCGUGCCCCGAGUCUUGGUGCAGCCUACCUUCUCAGAUGCCCAGGCGACAAGGACAGAGGAGGGUCAACAAGGCAGCCCUGGGCCUAGUGGGGCUUUGGAGUCCAUGGUGAAGAUGGCUGCCCCUGCAGUAAAGAUCUGUGACAAACCCAUCAGAGUGUCUUCCCCUCCAUCUACCAUGGUGGUUACUCAGCCCCCAGAAGGGCAGGAUGGACCUCCCAGCCCCUUGAGUGAAGCUUCAAGUGGCUACUUCUCUCACAGUGUCUCCACUGCUACCCUGUCAGAAACGCUUGCCUUAGGCCUGGACACUGCAGGCCUUGGCAGCCAGACACCUGGGUCUCCCCCUGCCCUGUGUCAGGUCCCUCCAGAGCCUGAGCUGGUUUUCCUCUCCUGCACACAGAGCCACCCUCCUGUCCCAGAGGAGCCCCAUGUACCACCUGCAACUCCUACUCAAAGUACCGAGCUGGAGGUUCCCAGACCAUCCCUUCUUUCUGAACCCACAUCUGUGCCCACGUCCCCAUUCAGAAUCCGCAAAGUACGGACCUCAGAGCUCAAGUCUUUCACAGGCAUGCUGGGGAGUGCCUCCUCUGGAGCAGAGGAGGACCCCCUGGCUUCAGAAGACCCCAGCAAUGCUAGGGGACAGACUCUGGGGAGGCUAGAAGUGACAUCUGACUCUGAGGAUGCCAGUGAAGUCCCUGAGUGGCUCAGAGAGGGAGAAUAUGUUGUUGUGGGCACCAACAAGACAGGCAUUGUAAGGUAUAUUGGACCAACUGAUUUCCAGGAGGGAACGUGGAUUGGUGUGGAGCUGGACCUGCCUGCAGGAAAGAAUGAUGGCUCCAUUGGUGGGAAACAAUAUUUCAGGUGCAACCCUGGCUACGGGCUGCUGGUAAGGCCGGGCCGGGUCCGCAGGGCUGCAGGCACUGGGCGCAGGCGCAGUUCAGGGCUCCAGCCUCAGGGAGCCACAGAGGCCCGCAGGAGUGCUACCAUCUCUGGCUCUGCCACCAACCUGGCUUCACUGACAGCUGCACUGGCCAAGGGAGACAGGAGCUACAAGAAUCCCGAGAACCGGAAGUCCUGGGCCAGCUAAGGUGCACCUCCCUGUGAGCACUAACAGGAGGAAGGAGACCUGCUGCCUCCACUGGAGCAAGGACACAGGGAUGAUGGGCAGUCUGGUUCCUGUCCUCUCUGGGAAGCUGGAAGCUGGAUUUCCUUCCUCUACUUGGAAUGGCACAGGUCCCUCAGCUGUGCUCCCCUCAGCUGUGCUCCCCUGGCUAGGGGUGGCAGGUUCCAGGAGCCCAGAGACCUGGGGACGGUAGCUGGGUGGCAGGGCUGGGGCCAGCCCAGCUCCUCCCUGCCUGCUUGAGGGUGUGUGAGGGGGAGGGGCCCCUUUCCUCAUUCUGCUGAUUCACUAAUGUCUUAAUUUAAGCGAUGAUCCUAACAAGUGUCUUGUCCUCACAGACAGGACUUCUCCUGCCUGGGCCCAGCACGCACACUACCCUCUCGGUGCACCAGUGGAUUGUCAGACUCCCCUAAACCAUGCCUCAUCCUUCUGCACGGCUCACAGGGUUUCUAGGAGGCAUCUUUGUGGGUGUCCCAGUGUCUUUAAACUCAGAAAGUCUUUUCUGCUGGCCAUUCAUUUCUUAACAGGAUGCUUGAACUAUAUUUAUUUAAUUUAUUUUUCCAAAAGUUAAAAUAUUUCACACACCAUAAUUGCUAUCUAUCCCAACAUGUGUGCCCGGGGCCUGCCUUGUGCUUACCGGCCUCUGGCUGGCCAGAGCUGUGCCUUGUCUUGGAUGGCGGUUGCUGGAAGUGGUGGCCAGCGAAUGAAGCCAGCUGCUGUUGUGUUUCUUGAUUGCAGACACACCAUGGCUUUACUGUCACUGGUGGGAAGGCAGACCCAGGACUUGACAUGGAUCAAGCCUUCAAUACCUUGGGUUUCAGGGAACUGGUGAAUGUUUUGACUCUGACAAUUCCGAAACCCUGAUAGCACCUGGGCCAGCAGGUAGGUAGUGAGGGCAGACCUGUUGCCAUUUCGUUCUUCCGAUCUGUGCUGUAUCCCAGGGCAUUAUCAACCACCUGUUUGCUGAGACGUGUGUCUGACCUGCCCUCUGAGUCCCAGAGUGUUGGUGGAGGACUCAGUGGGCAGAUCAGAGUCACCAAGUCCCUGCUGUCCCAGCACCUGCCCUGCCUUCCACCUCAGGAUGGGUCAUUACACAGGGUAUCCUUGGCAGUUUGUUCUAAGUUUGACUCUCAGACUCCUGAAGAACCACAGCUAGCAAGUGUUUGUAGGGGAACUGGUUCUGUGAGGACCUAAGCCUUUUAAGGGAAGUAGCUCCUGCCAGGUGGUUUCUCAGCCUCCUCUGGCCAUUGUGGCCCCUGCGCUAGUCUUGCUGACACUCAGUCUGCACCAUCUGCAUUGUCUGCUUAGCCCAGUAUAAACUACCAUCUGCCUGCCCAGACCUUGACCAGAGGCUGCUUAGAGCAAUAGGAGAAUGUGUUGUCUCCCUGGCACGGGCAGACUCUGCGUGUGCUCCAGUCUUGGAGUUGAGUGCUGUUCCACUUGUCACCGUGAUCUGCCAGGAGAGACCUGCCUCUGCUGGUCUUAACAUCACAGAUGUCUGGAGCUGCCAGCUAGAGGCAGGCACUAAUUCGAUAACUCCUCUUCCUCAGCUGGCAUUUUGGGGGAUAGCCAGCAGGUAAGUUAGCCCUACCGAUCCUGCCUGGCCACGCUCCCGGGAGCACACAGCACUUUGGAUUGUAUU